AUGACUGUGUUGCCUACAACUCACAGAACCUCCUCGCCAGUGAUGUACAGAAGGCAAAUAAGGAGACAGAUUCUCAGAUACAGCCGGGCAGUAACUACCAAUCUCAACCUACUGCUGCUUCAAUCCUUCACAGUCCUCUACUCACCAAUAGAUACAUUUUUGGAUGAUUUAUUUGGUCGCAGUGUCUCAAAGAACGUACCAGACGUGGGCCAGAAGAAACAGUUGUAUGAAGAGCUGUCUCUCCAGCAGCAGUCUACUACAGUGGGCCACGGAAAACCUUCACUGGGGCACCUGAACAGGAAAAAACACAGAGCCAAACCAAACUCCCUCAUUCAAAAACUUCUGGACAGAUUCGAUUCUCCCAAACAUUUUACUUGA